GACGUGCGGUGUCUUUUUCUCCGAGCCGCUCGUGAAGGCAGCAGCUGCGGUAGCUGCGCAGCGCUCACCGACACACUGUUGCUUUUCUCCUCGUUUACACCAAACAUCGAUUCCUCACGUUGUGGUCGCGUCGCUUCGCCUCGCACUUCGCACGCGGACCGGACCGACCCGACCCGAACCGAACCGGACCGGACCGGGACAUCUUCUGUGAAACCCGUCCCCCGGGGAGGGAGAUGACAUGUCGGCGGCUCAACUCUCAGCUGCCGUCUUUCGUUGCGAGGACUUGAAGCGACAGGAGCCGCAGCGGCUGAAGUUUCCUCGGUAACAAAGGGGCCCCGCUUCUCUGAACUUCUGCGGGUCACUCGACGCCAUUUGUCCGCGAACAGAAUCAAACAAGCCCCCCCGGUUGGAGGAUUUAAAAAUGCGACACCCGCUCACCUGGACUGUUAAAGGACCUGGAGCUUGGAGAAGGACCAUCUGAGUAAACUUCCACCCAGGACCCUUCGCUUUACAUCCCCAAAAAACCAGCCUCUGAUUGGAUCGAGCCAACUAAAUGUAAAGGGACCGUCUGGUUACAAGCCACCAUGGAUAUCUUCCCCCGGCCCAGCGGUGAGAUCCAGAGGAGGAACCCCCAGCACGACUUCGAGCUCAUCCAGAGGGUGGGAAGUGGCACAUAUGGAGACGUGUACAAGGCUCGAAACAUACAGACCGGAGAACUUGCUGCUGUGAAGAUCAUAAAGUUGGAACCAGGGGAUGACUUUUCCAUCAUACAGCAGGAAAUCUUCAUGGUGAAGGAAUGCAUGCACCACAACAUUGUGGCCUACUUUGGGAGCUACCUCUGUCGAGAAAAGCUUUGGAUAUGCAUGGAGUACUGUGGAGGAGGAUCUCUCCAGGACAUUUAUCAUGUGACAGGACCUCUGUCAGAGCUCCAGAUAGCAUAUGUCAGCAGAGAGACCAUACAGGGUUUAGGAUAUCUGCACAGCAAGGGCAAGAUGCACCGUGACAUCAAGGGUGCCAACAUCCUUCUAUCAGACAACGGAGAUGUGAAGUUGGCUGACUUUGGAGUUGCAGCCAAAAUAACAGCCACCAUUGCCAAAAGAAAGUCCUUCAUUGGAACACCUUACUGGAUGGCUCCAGAAGUAGCGGCGGUGGAGAAGAACGGUGGCUACAACCAGCUCUGUGAUAUCUGGGCCGUUGGCAUCACGUCCAUAGAGCUGGCCGAGCUGCAGCCCCCGAUGUUCGACCUCCACCCGAUGAGGGCCUUAUUUUUGAUGUCAAAGAGUAGCUUCCAGCCGCCCAAACUAAAAGACAAAAACAAAUGGUCCACUGCCUUCCAUAACUUUAUCAAAGUGUCUCUGACAAAGAACCCGAAGAAGAGGCCCACAGCAGAGAAGCUUCUAUCGCAUGUGUUUGUGGGACAGACGGGUUUGACGAGGAGGCUGGCUGUCGAUCUCCUUGAUAGGAUGAACAACCCAGACAACCAUCAGCAUUACAGUGAGGUGGACGAUGAUGACCUGGAGCCCCUCUCUGCCGUCAGACACACCAUCCGCUCCACCAAUAAACAAGCCAGAGCUGAGAGGACGCGCUCAGAGAUCGACUCAAACAAUGGGACACACCAAGGAGGGCCAUGCUCAAGUCCUAGCUUCACUGGGGGACACAGGGGGGAUGAAGUCGACAAGCUCCAGUUUGAACCACCACUCCGGAAGGAAACGGAGGCUCACUCUGAAAUGGAUGUGAGUAAAGAUAAUGACUUCCCUUCCCCCUGGAGUCCCUUUGCAGAGGGAGGAAUAACAACCAGAAGCCUUCUCAAAAGCGUUGAGGAUGAAUUGUUCCAACGGGGACACAUGGCCCAUCUUGAAGAUAAACUUGAAGAAGUAGAGCUGUCAACUCUCAAGCCAGGACUUCCUCCUCCUCUGCCCCCGAAGUCUGUCCCUCAUAUCCAGCCCCGGCUGAACAGCUCGUCAGAGGAGAUCGGCCUUAACGAGGAGAGGUCUCUGACGGUGCGGAGGUUCCCUAACUCGGAGAAUGGGCCGAGUCAGGCGGCUCGCAGACAGAGCACACCUGAGCAGGGAAACAAGGUGGAGCACUCGUCUCCAGAUUUCCUCUCUGUCAGCGUCAGCAGCCCUGGGAUCCUGUCUCAUGCCUCCGAUCCUGCUCUCAUUAAAUCUGAAUGUAAAGAUAAUGACUCGGACGACAGCGUGAAUGGAGGCAGUCCCAAGCCACCACCCAACCAGCAGCAUCGGAAAGAGAAGAAGGAAUUCCCUAAACCAGCCAUCAACGGGCUGCCACCCACUCCUAAAGUACUGAUGGGAGCCUGUUUCUCUAAAGUGUUUGAUGGUUGCCCGCUGAAGAUCAACUGUGCCACAUCAUGGAUUCAUCCAGACACCAAAGAUCAGUACCUAAUCUUUGGGACAGAGGAUGGAAUCUAUACGCUGAAUCUUAACGAGCUUCAUGAAGCUACGAUGGAGCAGCUCUUCCCGAGGAAGUGCACAUGGCUGUAUGUUAUCAACAACAACCUGAUGUCUUUAUCUGAAGGGAAAACCUUCCAGCUGUAUUCCCACAAUCUCAUCGGGCUGUUUGAGCAGCUGAAGAAGCCUGGCCUCGCUGCUCAGUUCCAGACUCAUCGCUUCCCAGACAAAAUUUUACCCAGGAGGUUUGCCUUGACAACUAAGAUCCCAGACACAAAGGGCUGUCACAAGUGUUGCAUUGGACCUACACGAUCGAGCCUGACAGACCUAUUGGUUAACAGGCAUGAUGUGAGAAACCCGUACACAGGCCACAAGUACCUGUGUGGAGCGCUGCAGUCUGGGAUCGUCCUGUUGCAGUGGUAUGAGCCCCUGCAGAGGUUCAUGCUCAUCAAGCAUUUUGACUUCCCUCUUCCCAGCCCACUGAAGGUGUUUGAGAUGCUGGUGGUGCCGGAGCAGGAGUAUCCUCUGGUGUGUGUGGCCAUCAGCCUUGGCACCGAGCCGGGUCAGGUGGUCCGCUUUGAGACCAUCAACCUCAACUCCUGCUCCUCCUGGUUCACAGAGAUGGGAACAACGAAUCAGCAGGUGGAUGCAAUCCACGUCACCCAGCUGGAGAGAGACACAGUGUUGGUGUGUUUGGACCAAAAUUUGAAGAUUGUUAAUCUCCAGGGCAGACUGAAGUCCAACAAGAAGCUGGCGUCUGAGCUCAGCUUUGAUUUCUGCAUUGGAUCUGUUGUGUGCCUUCAGGACAGUGUCCUGGCCUUCUGGAAACACGGCAUGCAGGGAAAGAGUUUCAAGUCCAAUGAGGUGACCCAGGAGAUUUCUGAUCCAAGCAGAGUUUUCCGUCUCCUCGGAUCCGACAGGGUGGUGGUUCUGGAGAGCCGACCCACCGACAACCCCACGGCCCUGAGCAACCUCUACAUUUUAGCAGGUCACGAGAACAGUUACUGAUCCGUCAACGCGGACUGGACAGGUCUUAGAGAAGAAUAAGAUGCCUCAGUUUUGGGAGAAAAAGAAGUCGCUGGGAAUCUUUUGUUACUGAUGGUGGGAUCGGCAGGUCAGUAGAAAGGGGGCGGAGCGUCUUCAGACUGGACCCAUGAGCAGCCUUACACCAGCAACUGUAGCUCCCCCGAGAAAACUGUUCUGAAUACAAACCCGUUGUUAUUUUCCUUACUCAUCUGUACUGUGGACUGACAGGUCAUCUAGAGAAUGAGAAACAAGUGCCAUGAUAAAAAAACUCACAAGGAUUUUUGUGAUUGUAUUAAAACGAUGGGAGAUUCUUGGUGUUAACGUCUGUAACAUGUCACAUAAUCACGGCCGGUGGCGUUUUCCACGCCGUCAGGCUUGAGGAGAGAUUUUUACAACUUCCCAGUCAAACUAAUUGACCAGUUUAAACAGAAACUCAUGAGCCAUGUGGGUUAUUUAAGCAAUAUUUAUUAACCUCAUGUUCAGUGAUGUGUUGGAUUGACAGACAGUGUGAGGAUUAACUACCUAGUUCCCGAGCAGCUUCUGGUUAUUUUCUACCGCUAUGUAAUAAAGCCGCAUCUCUCCUGCUCUGCUGCAUUUUUUUUUUAGAAAGUGGACAUAAUGUACAUGUGUUGUUUUUCCCUUUUACCCUCCUCUCUUUUAUAGACCUUUUAAUUCUCAUUAUUUGCACCAUGUAAGCACUUUUGUACAUUUUUUUUAAUUUAAAAAUAAAAAUGACAAAAUGAGGGACGAUGCUAGGUUUUGUUAACAUCUGUCCAUUCCCUUCGCGAGCUGUUCGAUGUAUGCUGUUUUUGUAAUAAAAAACGCUGUUGUUAACAAGAA